UGUGUGAAAUACGCGCGGGUUUAUUCUGUUUGAUUAUAUAAUGCCAUGUAAUGCCAUUGAGCAACGAUACUUUGACGCGGACGAGAAAAGUAUUAUUUGAUACGAAAAAUAAAUCGACUGCUCGAGGUAGCGUUCCAGAGGAGAAUCAAUUUUUGACUAUAGCAGCUGCUUUACCAAUAUUGCCUGGUGCGCCGGUACCCCCAAAGCUGUCAAAGCGUUGUUAUAAUUCAUUUAGUUGCACUGGAACCCAAUUUGAAAUUGAAAAUGCAGAAGCUGAAGGAUGCAACGUGGUUACGUUACAAUGGACAGGAGAAACGAGAACGAUCGUGGCAUCGAGAACUCCUGCCGAACGAGAAAAGAACCCUGAUAGAAUAUGUCUCGAUAGGCGAGGUCUGACAACAUUUCCUAAUGUCAUUGGAGAGUCCAAAUUGCGAUUAAUGUCUCUUCAGCAUAAUCUGCUAACCAAGAUUGAGAGCUCCAACUUAUCUCAAUUGACAAAACUUGUAUUUCUUGAUUUAUACGAUAAUCAAAUAGAAAAAGUAUGCGAUUUUGAUUUUUUAGAAAAUUUAAGAGUACUUUUAUUAGGGAAAAAUAGAAUAAGAAAAAUUGAAGGUUUAAAACAACUUUUGAAAUUGGAAGUUUUGGAUUUGCAUGGCAAUCAAAUCCAGCAAAUUACGGGCUUAGAGAACUUGUCGUCGUUAAAAGUAUUAAACUUGGCAGGGAAUAAUAUCAAAACUAUAGGGUGCAAUGAUUUUCAAGGUUUAAUUUCGUUAAAAGAGUUGAAUUUGCGCCGGAAUAAAUUAAAGAGAUUGCUAGGAUUUCAUGAGACACCACAAUUACAAAAAUUAUAUUUAAGCAACAAUGAUAUUCAUAAAAUCGAAGAUAUGAGUAGCCUUGCAAAAGCCUUGCAAAUUAAAGAAAUAACAAUAGAUGGUAAUCCAGUAACUUUAAAUACUGAUUAUAUUUCCUUUCUUGUUUCGUACUUGCCAAAUCUGCAAUUUCUAUCAACAAUGCAAAUUAGCGAACAAAUUCGAAGAACAGCGAUGGCUUGGAGAUUUUCCAAGGAACAAUCCAAUUCAGCAUUUCUUGAUCUUAGUACGCAAGUUUGUAUGAGCGUACGUAGAGAAGAAGUGAUAUCAAAUGCUAAAACAAAUUGGGAAUUUCUCAGAACUAAAGUCACGCUUGAUAAUUCCAAAGUGGCGAGUAAUAAUGCAGGCAACAAUAAUAUUAAUAUAUUAUUACGCACACAAAGUUCAAAUAAAUUCAAUACUAUAAAUCCAAAAAGUUUAGAUAAAGCUAAAAUAAAAGGUUUUGGUAGUCUCACAUCGAUAAAUGAAAAUAUGGAAGCACGAAAGAUACAUAUAAAAAAGAGAAGCAGUUCUAGCGAGAAUUUGUUCAAGUUAGAAGACACAUCUAAAUCGUAUCUUUUGGAAUUUAAACUUCCACCUAUACUAGGUUCGAUAGUAAAUAAUUUAACAAGCAAUAGAUUCGACAAUAGAUUGUCCAAGAAUAAUAAAGAAAAUGACCAUAAGAUGAAAGUGCUCAGUGAAGAUAUCGAAAAUCUAUCGGAUAGCGAGACUGACAGUUCACAGAGUCAUGAAAGCUUGAAAAGUGGCUUAAAAUGUCAUCUAUUUACUCCUAAUAUGUACGGUUCAGCUAUAGAUUAUGAUAAAUCUAUUAUCUGUAAUGACUUCAUUGUAGCGAAGGAUAUGUCCUCGAUUACCGCAGCAAAUUUUUAUAUUAACGAUAAUGAAAAUAUACACGAUAAAGAAGCACUUGCUGCAACUUCGAAGAAUUCGUUAAAAUGUCAUGAUGCAGUGCGAAACGAAAAUACAGGCUUAAAUAAUAGAUCGUUCCAAAAUACAAAAGUAUUUCAUGCUCAAGAUGGUCAAAGUGAUUACCAAUCAAAAUCGACCACAAGUUCUUCUGGAUAUUGUUCUUUGAAUUCAAAGACUAGUAGUGUAGACAGUUGUAAAUCAUUAUUAAGUGAUUCUAGCGUUUUAUCAAUUACUAAAAACGCUCACAAAUCUCACGAAAGUGAUAAGGAUCAUAAAAGUAGAAUUAAGAGUGCUCAAACAAAAAAGAUAGUAUAUUAUAAAAGUAAUAGAGCUGCAACAGCCAGAGCGAAAUUUAGAGCUCUUGCUCCAUCAAGUCCGCCUCUUCAACAAGUACCACCUAAAGAAAGAGAACAGGGUAGACCAAGAUUUUUUAAUUUUUUUCUGUCCAAACAAUAUAUAUUCAUAUUACGUGUUUAUGUAAAACGAAAUGUAAAAUCGGACCAUUUUCUAGGUGGGGAUUAUUUAAUAGAAAUCGUUGGUCGCUGCCUGAAUAUAUACGGUCAAGGUGCUUUACGCUUUAUAGAUAAAACUUGGGACGUAUCAAAGGCUCAAGUUGUCAACGUUGUAAAAUUUAAUUAUGUACAAUUUAAUGAUGUGGCAAAAAUUUUAAGCAAAUUAAAGAAUAGAUUUCCUCAUGCAGAGCAUUUCGUAUUUAAAGAAACUAACAUCAAUCUUCUUGGUCAAUUAAAUGCCUUAGCUGAAGUACAAGGAUUGACCAGUAUAGAGAUAGAUGCAGGGAAUCCUAUUGUGUCUAAAGAUUGGAAAAUGUAUGCUAUAUUUCGAUUAGCUCAUUGGGGACUUGCAGUUAUCAAUGGCAAGGAGAUUACAGCUGAAGAUGUGGAAUUUGCAAAUCAAGAAUAUACCGGUCUUAUAGAUAUAGUAAUGUGUUCACUGCCAGAUUCUUUAUUACAACCUUUGUUACAAAGACUUCAUUUAGAGAAAGUGCAAAAACAAAGCGGGGAACAAAUUACUGCCAAACAAUUUCUGUUCAACUGUGACCCGGCACUUCGAAGUGUUGUUGCCAAGGAGGCGUUACAGUGGAGAAAGGGAAAUGUAACGCAGGAAGAUCUUAUCUGGAGACACAAAGGGAAAAUACAUUUGCUAAAUUUAAUCAAUCUCACUAUAAAUGCUGUACGCAAGUUACAAAUCCUAGAAAAACAAUGGCCAUGCGUUCUAUAUGAGAUCGUUUCUAAUACUUUAUCUGAUUUUUCUGAAAUGGAUAUAUAUAUGAAACGUUGCAGUAAAAUGCUCGAAAGCGAUAAAUAGUAUUGUACAAUA